AUGCUCAAGACUUGUUAUCCUUUGGCCGCAGUGCUGCUGUGUGUUGUCUUCGCCACAGCGCAGGUUGUGCCAAAUACAGAAAUCGGUCGCAUUACCAUCCAGGUGCCGUUGCUGUCUAAUGGAAAGCCAGUGAUCCUUAACAAUCAGGACAGGGAGGAGGUGGCCACUGUGGAGGAGAUUAAGCCGGGAAAGGUCCAUGUAGUCCAGGAGGUGGUGGUGCCACCCACGGUUAAGAUGGAGAAUAAAGUACGGAUGGCAAGAUCUGUUUCGAGCUCUGGAGGAUAUAAUCAUGGCAUACCCAAUCGUGGCAUCCCAAACCAUGGAAUACCUAACCGUGGCAUUCCGAAUGACGGAAUCCCCAAUCCUGGAAUCCCUAACCAUGGAAUCCCCAAUCCUGGCAUCCCUAAUCAUGGAAUCCCUAACCGUGGCAUCCCGAACGAUGGAAUCCCUAAUCCUGGCAUCCCCAAUCAUGGCAUUCCCAAUCCUGGCAUCCCUAAUCAUGGAAUCCCUAACCGUGGCAUCCCGAACGAUGGAAUACCCAAUCCUGGCAUCCCCAAUCAUGGAAUCCCCAACCCUGGCAUCCCCAAUCAUGGAAUCCCCAACCCUGGCAUCCCUAUACCCGAUGCCUCCGAACUCAAGCCAGUUGCAGUGAUGCCACCAAGUCCAACCACUACAUCGCCUUCGGCCAUAACCAAGCGAGUACCAACCAGGAAUUGUCAUCACCUGCUAAUGGGUGGUAUGACCACCAUGUCCCCCAUGGACACAAUGGAGCCAAUACCCCCGCAGUCCAUGGAAAAUUGCGAUGAGUUGUGCACCAAGCACGAGUAUAUCCCGGUGUGCGCCCACAAUGGCUUCUGUGUCCACGAGUUUGCCAAUCAGUGUGUGAUGGACACAUACAAUUGCCGGCAUCGUGAGGCGACCUUCCGGGCAACGGACGAGGAUGUCUGCCGGCUGGGAGUUUGCAUGAGGCGUUGCAAGGAGGAGGACCUGAAGCUUUAA